CUCUGAUUCUGUAAUAUUUCAAAAUGUCUAACUUCAACAUUGUUGUUCUUGCUGGCGAUGGUGUCGGGCCCGAGAUCAUAGCAGAGGCCAUCAAGAUCCUCAAAGUGGUCGAGAAGACCACCGACAUUAAAUUCACCUUCAAAGAGCACCUUUUCGGAGGAUGCUCAAUAGAUGCGCACAACAACCCUCUGACCGACGAAGCUCUCGCAGCAUGCAAAUCUGCAGAUGCCAUCCUCCUCGGCGCAGUCGGAGGCCCUAAAUGGGGAACUGGCAAGGUUCGCCCCGAGCAGGGCAUUCUUAGACUCCGCAAAGAACUAGGAACCUUUGGCAACCUGCGACCGUGCUUCUUCGCCUCAGACUCGCUCGUCGACGCGUCGCCGCUCAAGGCCGACAUCGCACGGGGCACAAACUUUAACAUCAUCCGUGAGCUUACUGGCGGCAUAUACUUUGGCGAGCGGAAAGAGGACGACGGUGACGGCAAGGCUAUGGACACAGAGCCAUACAGCGUUGAAGAAAUCGAGCGUGUCGUACGGUUAGCGGGCAACCUCGCCAGCGUAGAGGACCCCCCAGUGCCGGUAUGGAGCUUGGACAAGGCCAAUGUACUCGCGACGUCGCGGCUUUGGCGAAAGACGUUUGAGCGCAUCAUGAAAGACGAGUACCCGAACCUAAAAUCUGGCACCCAUCUCAUUGAUUCGGCGGCAAUGCUCAUGAUCAAGAACCCCCGGUCGCUGAACGGCGUCAUUGUCACCAGCAACCUGUUCGGCGACAUCAUUAGUGAUGAGGCGAGCGUUAUUCCAGGCAGCCUGGGUCUGCUUCCCAGUGCUAGUCUGGGUGGUAUCCCGGAUGGCAAGACCCGCAUCAACGGUAUCUACGAGCCCAUUCACGGCUCUGCGCCCGACAUUGCAGGAAAGGGUAUUUGCAAUCCCGUAGCGACCAUCCUCUCCGUCAGCAUGAUGUUCAAGUACUCCCUCUGCCGCCCUGAAAUCGCGAAGCACAUCGACGAGGCCGUCAAGAUAGUUAUCGACAAAAACAUCCGGACGGGCGAUAUUGGUGGAACAGCAAAUACCUCCGAGGUUGGCGACGCUGUUGCGGCGGAACUGGAGACUCUGCUCAAGAAUUAGAAACCUAAAAUCAAACUCAAAUUUUCGUGGUAAUGAUGUUCACC